GUUUCGCCUCCAAUUUAGCAAGCAGCUCCACUUGGUAGUGUUCUUUUCAUUUCUGCUGCAUUUGCUUCCUUCAACCUUUGUCUAAAGAAGCUCGAGAGAUGGAGAGAGAGAGAGCCACUUGAUCCAAUAAAGGUCAGAUUUUUUAUGCUUUGAUCACUCACCCAUCUGAAGCUACUUAGUAUCAUGUCAUUCCCAUAUCCUUCUCUUCCAAACCCAGCAGCAUACAAUCACUUUGUCUAAGCACUUGUGAUCUAUGUAUGUUCAAAGCAACAUUUUCUUUGAGAACCAAUGAGGGUCCAAUUCAUUGUUCUGGGAUUUGUACUUCUGUGCACUAUAAUCCCCGGUUCAUCUUCUUCCGUUAGCGAUGUCGAUGUCCUACUCUCGCUGAAGCAAGGAUUCGAGUCCCCUGAAUCGGCUUUAAGCACUUGGAGUUCUUCAAACUCGAGCUCGGUUUGCUUAUGGUCCGGGAUUAGAUGCUCGAGGGGACGCGUGGCUUCGCUCGAGCUGACGGCUUUGAAUCUGGGCGGCUCCGUCUCUCCACUUGUUUCAAGGCUCAAUGGCCUUGUCAAGCUCUCGCUUGCUGGGAACAAUUUCAGUGGCACGAUCGACAUCGCGAACUUGACUAGUUUGAAGUUCCUGAACAUCUCGAACAACUUGUUCAGUGGGAGCUUGGACUGGAACUACUCUAGUAUCACGAAUUUGGAAGUGUUCGAUGCGUAUGAUAACAACUUCACGGGUUUAUUGCCAACAGGUGUUCCUGAAUUGAAGAAGAUCAGGUACUUGAGCCUGGGAGGCAACUACUUUGAGGGGAAAAUCCCAGAAAGCUAUGGGGAAUUAGCAGCUCUGCAGUAUUUGUCGCUCUCGGGAAAUGGGCUGACCGGGAAAAUACCGAGCAUGUUGGGAAAUUUGACAGAGCUCAGAGAGAUUUACUUGGGCUACUACAAUGUCUUUCAGGGUGGCAUUCCUAGAGAAUUUGGCAAUCUGAAAAAUCUUGUUCACAUGGAUCUUUCCCAAUGUGGAUUGGACGGCGUGAUACCGGCCGAGUUGGGGAAUUUAAAGAAGCUACACACAUUGUACCUACAAUUUAAUCUUCUCUCGGGUCCGAUCCCAAAGCAAGUUGGCAACCUGACAAGCUUGGUGAAUCUUGAUCUCUCUGUCAAUUCGCUCACCGGAGAGAUCCCAUCAGAGGUCGCAAGUCUCCGGAAGCUGAAACUUGUCAACCUCUUCUUAAACAAUCUACACGGGUCGAUUCCUGAGUUCUUUGCAGACCUCCCGAGCCUGGAAACUCUAGCCCUAUGGACCAACAACUUCACUGGUGUGAUUCCUGAGGAUCUUGGCAGGAAUGGGAAGCUUCAGGAUCUCGAUUUGUCCACCAACAAGCUCACUGGAACAAUCCCUCGAGAUUUGUGCUCACUAAACCGGCUCAGGAUCUUGAUCCUGUUCAACAAUUUCCUCUUUGGGCUGAUCCCAGAAGCUCUAGGCUCAUGCGAUAGCCUAGUUAAGGUGAGGUUGGGGCAGAACUACCUAAAUGGAAGCAUUCCGAACGGCUUCAUUUACUUGCCUCAGCUCAAACUCAUGGAAUUGCAGAACAACUACCUGUCAGGAGUUAUGCCAGAGAAUGGCAACCGGUCGUCGAAGCCUGCAAUGUUAAACGAGCUCAACUUAUCAAACAAUCUCCUUUCGGGUCCUCUACCGUCUUCGCUCUUGAACUUUUCUAACCUCCAAAUACUACUCAUCAGUGGGAAUCAAUUUUCAGGUUUGCUCCCGGCUUUUACAGGGGACUUGAGGCAGGUGGUGAAGCUCGACCUGAGGCAGAAUUUCUUGUCAGGCGAGAUUCCACUGGAUAUCGGGAACUGUUACCAUCUCACUUACCUAGACAUCAGCCAGAACAACCUCUCCGGUCCAAUCCCACUCACCAUCUCCAAAAUUCAUAUCCUCAGUUACUUGAACAUCUCUAGGAACCACUUAAACCAGAGCAUACCCGAAAAGAUUGGUACAAUGCAGAGCCUCACGAUCGCAGACUUCUCUUUCAACUAUUUCUCGGGUAAAAUACCCGAAUCUGGGCAAUUUGCGUUGUUCAACGCCUCUUCCUUCGUGGGCAAUCCAGGGCUUUGUGGUUCCAUCAUAGACAUCAGAUGCAAUCUCUCGACAUUCACAAGCACAUCCUCCAGAAGUCGUUUCAAUUUCAAGUUAAUGUUCGCGGUCGGCCUAUUAAUAUGUUCCCUAGCUUUCACCACGGUGGCCAUAAUCAAAGCCAGGUCAUUUAAAAGAAAGGCCGGAGCUGGCUCAUGGAAGAUGACGACGUUUCAAAAGCUCGAGUUCUCGGUCCAAGAUGUCCUGGAAUGCGUCAAAGAUGGCAAUGAGAUAGGGAGAGGUGGUGCUGGGAUCGUCUACCACGGGAAAAUGCCAGAUGGCACCGAGAUCGCCGUCAAGAAACUCCUAGGAUUCGGCACGACUAGCCACGACCGUGGCUUCCGAGCGGAAAUCCAAACGCUCGGCAACAUCCGGCAUAGGAACAUCGUGAGGCUCCUGGCAUUCUGCUCAAACAAAGAAACCAAUCUCCUCAUCUACGAGUACAUGAAGAACGGGAGCCUAGGCGAGAUGCUGCACGGGAAGAAAGGCGCGUUCCUCGGAUGGAACUCAAGGUACACGAUCGCGGUCGAAGCCGCCAAAGGCAUGUGCUACCUGCACCACGACUGCAGCCCGCCGAUCCUUCACCGAGACGUGAAGUCGAACAACAUUCUGCUGAACUCGAGCUACGAGGCGCAUGUCGCCGACUUCGGGCUGGCCAAGUUCUUGGCGGACGGCGGAGGGUCGGAGUGCAUGUCGGCAAUCGCGGGGUCCUAUGGCUACAUUGCCCCCGAGUACGCCUACACCUUGCGGGUGGACGAGAAGAGCGACGUGUACAGCUUCGGGGUCGUGCUCCUGGAGCUCCUGACGGGCCGGCGGCCCGUGGGCGACUUCGGGGACGGGGUGGACAUCGUCCAGUGGACGAAGAUCGCCACGGCCAACUGGCGGAGAGAGGAGGCGACCCGCGUGGUGGACCCACGGCUGAGCCUCGUGCCGAGGGAGGAGGCCGCGCACGUGUUCUUCGUCGCCAUGCUGUGCGUCCAGGAGAACAGCACCGAGCGUCCCACGAUGAGGGAGGUGGUUCAAAUGCUCGCGGAGUUCCCUCGUCACACGCCGCAAGAUCACUCCUCCUCCUCAUCCUCCUCUUCGACCACUUCUUCUUCGGCCUUUGCCAAGAACUUGACGAGCUAAAAAGAAAGAUCCGUUAAAUCUAAUUUGUAGUAUGAAAUGUGGGAUUUUAUAUAACAAAGUGUGUGAGCUCUCAACGUUUUUGAGUGACAAAAUCGAGUUUAUGUUUCCUUAAUUUUUCGAACAGAUUUAUCAGAACCAUAGUCGACAUGACCUACAUUCCAUCUUA